UACAUGUACAACGGGAACCGAAGGGAGGUAACUGUAAGCUAAUUAUAAUAAUUUACUACCGUAUGGUAGUGGUUACGGGAGUUGACGGAAAUUAACGGAAUGUUCCGUACUGACCGGAACUAGUGUGCUAGGUCUGACAGUUGGGCGCCAUUUUAGUGUAGAAUAUAAUCUAGAAUAAUUAGGCAAUUCUUAGCUUGGCUACGAUCCAGACGUGAAAGGUAGGUCGAAUGUUUGUAUUGUCAAUCCCUUUAUAAUCAAUUGCGGCAGUUCUAUAAUAAUUUGUUUUCGUUUAAAAAUUAAGGGGGGACAACUUCUGCUUCCUUAAAUGAAUAUUUUCGUUUCAAUUAUUUCAUCGGUUGAACGCCGCUGUGUAAACUAAAUGCAGACGAUAUGUCUAAGAAAAGAAUAACAGAUUUUUUUGGUAAAACAUGCGCUGAAAAAGCAUCAUCAACAGUUACUAACGAUGCACAAUCCGAUUGUACAAUUGUCCCCAGCCUCAAAUCGAAUGAAAAUGAGACCGCUGAUGAACCUGGUCCUUCAAAAAAAUUCAAGCCCUCUACUUUCCAAAGUUCUUGGAAAAAAGAUCGACCCUGGCUCGAUGUCAAUGAAAAGGGUGAAAUGAUUUGCAAUUAUUGUAUUGACAAUAAAAUGACCAACACAUUUACAACUGGCUGCACUAAUUUCCGUACAUCCACACUAACUCGACACGUUGCAACUACUGACCACAAGCUUUCAGUUCUUGCCAAAACCGAGAGUAAAUCUCUAGAAAAAACUGUUCAAAACGUUGUUUCUCAACAGGAAGGAGCUGUCACAUCAGCAAUUGACACAGUUUACUGGUUAGCCAAGGAGAAUAUUGCCACAGAGAAAUAUUCAUCUUUGUUAGAACUUUUAGAGAAAGAAGGCUGUAGCAAUGUAAAAAAUUUGAAUGUUGGUGGAAAUGCAUCUUACAGGUCCACUACAAUUGCACAGGAAAUUCAACAAGCUAUUGCAGACACACUUAUGGCUGAUAUCAUAAAUGAAAUGAAAGGUUCAUUUUGUGCUGCUAUCCUGACAGAUGAGAGUACAGAUAUAUCAGUGACUGGUAAGCUAAUAGUGUAUGUGCGAUUUGUAACUAAAGAUUUUGAGUUGAAAUCACACUUCCUAGGGAAUUUUAACAUUGGUGAAAAAGAUGCAACUACUAUCACUGACAAAUUGGUAACCAUUUUAACUGAAAGGGGCAUACCUGCUGAAAAAAUACUUUGCCUUGGCUCUGAUGGAGCCAGUGUGAUGACUGGAGUGAAAAAUGGAGUUGCAGCGCAGUUGAAAAGAUUGUCACCAUUUCUUAUUAAUAUACAUUGUGUUGCACACAGGUUAGCUCUCUGCACCAGCCAGGCAGCUUCUAAGCUAGAUAUUAUGCAGCAGUACAAGUCUACACUUACUAGUCUGUACUAUUACUUUAAGGGAUCAUCUGUUCGCAGCAGUAGGCUAGCUAAGAUACAGGACUUAUUUGAACAACCCCAGAUAAAAAUGAGAGAAAUGCAUGACAUAAGAUGGUUUUCUUUCUAUAAUGUGCUAGAAGGUAUAUAUAAGUCUUGGAGUGCUCUCAUCAUUUAUUUUGACUCAACUGAACUGUCAAAGGACCCAAAAGCAACUGGCCUCCGAAAGUCUCUCUUACAAUAUAAAUUUCCUGCUAUGACCUGGUUUCUUAUGGACAUUAUACCUAUCAUUACAGCUCUUAACCUGGUCUUUCAGAAGGAUUCACUUGAUGUUGCAGUAAUUAAACCUAUUGUGUCCAGCACAAUCUCUAAGCUUGAGUACUUGAAAUGUAAUGAGGGACAUUACAAACAGGAAUUUAAAAGACUGUUGAAUGAUGGGAAUAAACUUUUUGACCAUGAGCUAAGUUACAAAAUACAACAAGAACAAAUGGUUGAAUUUGCAAUGGAAAACUUUAUUGAUAAAUUGAUUGAAAACAUGAAAAAGAGAUUUCCAGAUGACAGUGUAUCUGUUAUUUCAGCCUUUGAUGUACUGGCAAUGAGGGACCUAUCAUUUGUGCCUCCUUCAGAAGUAGAUAUCUAUGGAUUAGAGAAGCUUGAUGUUUUGCUUGGUCAUUACAGCCAACCAAGAGGUGACCCUGAAGUACCUGGCAUUGUAGAUGAACAGGCCACCAGAAAUGAAUAUUCUUUAUUGAAGCCAUUAGUACUGCAACAGAAGUAUCCAAGGGAUCAGCUUGCUGUUCUGUGGAAAAUAAUCUUUGAAUGCCACAGAGACCAAUUCCCAAACCUGUUAAAACUUGCAUCAAUUGCCUUGACUUUGCCUGUGCAGACAGCUAUUUAAGAACGUGGCUUUUCAUGUCAGAAUAACAUCAAAACUGCCCAGAGAAACAGGCUGAGUGAAUCAUCCCUGCAUACCCUGAUGACAAUUAGCAUUGAGGGACCACCUCUACGAUGUUUUAAUGCUUCAAGGGUUCUCCAGGAAUUCAAAACCAAGAAGCAAAGAAGAAUUUUUCAAAAACUGUCAUUUAAUGCUGGCAUGUAAAAGAAAAACAUGUAAAAGCAAUAAAAUGUAAAAGGUAAAACAAUAAAACAUGUAAAUUGAUUAAAAUUGGUAGUUUAUAUUGGCACCCCUAGAUUUUCAAAAUCCCCCCCUUUUUUGAAAUAGAGGGGGGAAAAUCACCC